AUGAGUGUGACUGCUGUACAUGUCGUACUAGACGAAGACGUUUCUGUCCGACGUGUUUUUGGGGAGGACAAAACGUCUCAGCCUGUGGCUCGCAGAAAUUUGGUCGCCAUUAACUAUUCCUACGGACCGACAUUCUCUUACGUCCGGUUACAAGCCGAUCCCAGGUACGGACUGAAAGACAGUUGGCAAGAGCUUGGUUUUAAAGGGGAAUGUCCUCUCCCAGUCCCAAGUUCAGAGGAUGUGCGUGAUGAUGGUCCUAGAGAUGAGGUCUUGGUGUUAGAGGUCUUGGUGUUAGAGGUCUUGGUGUUAGAGGUCUUGGUGUUAGAGGUCUUGGAGGUCUUGGAGGUUUUGGUGCUAGCUUCUGUACGGAGUACUGUCUUCUAA